AAAAAGUUGUANGCUGAAUGGAAAUCUCAAACUCAUUUGACCGAGCAAAGGAGUUAAAAGCCUUCGACGACACAAAAGCCGGCGUAAAAGGCCUAGUCGAUGCCGGAGUUGAAAAAAUCCCCAAAAUCUUCAUUCUCCCGCAGGCCAUCACAAACACAACCGAGAAAAUUGACACCAAUGGUUCAGAUUUCGUUGUUCCAGUGAUCGACCUCGGAGCAGACGAGCAAAACCGGGCAUCUAUCGUGAACAAAAUCCGGCAAUCAUCCGAGAAGUUAGGGUUUUUCCAGGUGAUAAAUCACGGGAUACCCGUUAGUGUGUUGGAUGAGAUGAUUAGCGGCGUGCGCAGGUUUAACGAGCAAGCUUUGGAGGUGAAGAAGGAAUACUACACGCGUGAUGUCACGAGAAAAUUCGUGUUCAACAGUAAUUUUGAUCUGUAUUCAGCACCAGCUGCUAACUGGAGGGACACCUUUUUCAGCUUCAUGGCUCCUAAUCCACCUCACCCUCAUGAAUUGCCUGAUUGUUGCAGGGACAUUCAAAUCGAGUAUUCUAGACAUGUAAUGAGCUUGGGCUGCCGAUUAUUUGGCUUACUCUCGGAGGCUCUUGGCCUCGAACCUAAUCGGCUGCUGGAGAUGGAAUGUGGCAAAGGUCUCACUUUCAUCGGACAUUACUAUCCCGCGUGCCCACAGCCAGAGUUGACUUUAGGCGCAAGCAAGCAUACAGAUGAUGGCUUUCUUACUGUGCUGUUACAAGACCACAUUGGAGGCCUUCAGAUUUUUGUCGAGAACAAGUGGAUUGAUGUUCCUCCUGUUCCUGGUUCUUUAGUCAUUAACAUUGGAGAUAUGCUACAGCUAAUAACGAACGACAAGUUCAAAAGCGUGGAGCACAGAGUGUUGGCGAAUCGGGAGGGCCCACGAGUGUCGGUUGCAUGCUUUUUCAGCACAUCCCUCAUGCCAUCCUCGAGGUUAUACGGGCCAAUCCAAGAAUUGAUAUCCGAAGAUAAUCCAGCAAAAUAUCGAGAAACGACUGUGCAAGAGUAUGUUUCCUAUUCUUACGUCAAAGGUCUUGAUGGGACUUCUCCUCUGCUUCAUUUCAAGAUCUGAUUUGGAAAUUGGCACACUGCAUUUGACAAGAUGAUACUCCAUGAAGCAACAAAAUGGAUAAUAAAUGAAGUAGAAAUAACAAAAGAUGAGUUGCCUGCAAAAGAUCUCCAAUGUUGACUACAAGAGCCCCUGGAGAAGGAGGAACAUCCACCCACUGAUCCUCAUGCAGCACCUGAAGCCCUCCCAAGUUAUCCUGCAAAAGAAUUGUUAAGAAGCUGUAGUCCGAGUGUUUGGUCGUGCCUAAAGUUAAUUCAGGCUGCGGGCAUGAAGGGUAAUAAUGUCCGAAAAGCGCAAGUGUUUGAGCGCAAUCCAUGUCUACAAGGUGGUCUGGCUUGAGUUCAAGUGCCUCAGAUAGUAACUUGAACAGAGAUUUCCCCAGCUCCAUCACAUGCAUUGCAUAUUCCAUCAAAAUAUCCCUGCAUGCAAAAGGGAAUUCCUGAGGGUCAGGUGGAUAAGGAGCCAUAAUGCAAUUAAAGGAGUCCCUCCAGUUAGCUGCGGCGGAACUAUACAAAUCAAAGUUGCUAUUGUAAAUCAUCUUCUUCUCGAAAUCCCGCGUGUAAUACUGCCUCUUUAUCUCGUCAUCUUGCUCGUGAAACCUACGAACCCCACUCAACAUCUCCUCCAAGAUACUUUCACGUAUACCGUGAUUCACCACUUGGAAAAACCCCCAAUCUCGACAUGCAUUCAGGAUCUGGCCUUUUUCGACAUUUGCGAGGUCGAAGAUAGGGACGAUUAAAUCCGAGUCACUUUUUUUGGCGAUAUGUCGUAAAUUUUGUGGCGGAUGAAUGAAAAUACGUGGGACAUGAGUGAUGCCUGAGUCGACUAGGCCUUUGACGCCGGUUUUUGUGUCGUCAAAGGCUUUUAGUUCGGUUUUUCGGUCGUAUUCUGGUUCUGUUUGAGUUAUUUGGUUUUCUCGCUUGGUGUUGUUGGGCAUCACCAUUUUUUUAUUUUUUUUCAAAAUUUGCUGUGUAGAAUAACUGAAGGAGACACUGUAAAGAGAUGUGAUUUGUUGAUUGAUAUGGAUAUAUGGGUAUUUGGUGGUAAAGUGGAGUCCACGUUUGAAAAA